AUGAAACAACAGGAGCAUAUAUAUAUUUCACAGGUUCACAUGACAUUUUAGUUAGUUAUUGGCUGGGGUUUGCGUAAUUUCUUAUUUAUUUAAAAAAACGCCAAAGUAAACAUUUUCUUUCUUAGGAGUUCUUUAUUCCGAAAGUUCCGUUCCCGCUUAUAUAUUAUAUAUACCUAAUAGUUCCUUAAUAAACGAAAUAUUUUUUUUCUUUCGUUUGUAUUUUAUCUACAGAACCCGUUGUUGUUCAAGUAUUUUAAUGAUGCUGCCCAAAAAGUUACUCAUUUUUGCAACUUUUCUCCUUACCUCUACUGCUGCUGCGCCCUAUCACAAUUCUUACUAUUCAGAGAAUGUUGCUCCUUUAGUGUCUUCAGAAUCAGCUCAAAUAAUUCCUGACUCUUAUAUUAUCGUAUUCAAGAAACACGUUGAUGAAGUAAAAGUUAAAUAUCACCAUAGCUGUGUUAAUGACUAUGUUUCUGAGGAAAAGAGGGACCUCUCAAAGAGAGGUUUAUUAGAUGAUUUUAUAUCUGGUAUCAAACACACAUUUGAUUUCGAUAAUUUCCAAGGCUAUGCUGGUAAAUUCUCUAAAGAAGUUUUAGAUAAGAUCAGACGUAGUGACGAGGUCGCUUAUGUUGAAAAAGAUCAAAUGGUUUAUGCCACUGAACUUCAAAAAAAUGCCCCAUGGGGAUUAGCUCGUAUUUCUCAUCGCUCAAGAUUGACUUUUGGCACGUUCAAUAAAUACUUAUUUAACGAAAACGGUGGAGAUGGUGUCACUGUUUAUAUCAUUGAUACCGGCGUCAAUAUCAAACAUGAGGACUUUGGAGGUCGUGCUGUAUGGGGUAUAACUGUUCCUCAAGGUGACGAAGAUAUCGAUGGAAAUGGCCAUGGAACACAUGUCGCUGGUACUGUCGCUGGCAAAAGUUUUGGUGUUUCCAAAAAAUCAAAGAUCGUAGCUAUUAAAGUCUUACGUUCAAAUGGUUCUGGUACCAUGUCUGAUGUAAUUAAGGGUGUCGAAUACGCUGCUCAAUUUCAUCUUGAAGAAAAAGAAAAAGCUCGCAAAGAUGGCAGAGUAUUCAAAGGUUCAGGUGCCAAUAUGAGUUUGGGAGGUGGAAGAAGUCGAACUUUAGAUGAUGCUGUCAAUGGGGCUGUUAAUGUUGGCCUUAACUUCGCUGUUGCCGCCGGAAAUGAUAAUCGUGAUGCGUGUGACUAUUCACCUGCAGCCGCUGAAAAUGCUAUUACCGUUGGUGCUUCUACCAUUGAAGACGAACGCGCUUGGUUCUCAAAUUAUGGUAAAUGUGUUGAUGUAUUUGGACCCGGUAAAGAUAUUCGGUCAGCAUGGAUAGGAUCGCCGAAAGCUACAAAUACCAUUUCCGGAACUUCAAUGGCUUCCCCCCACGUUGCUGGUUUAAUUGCAUAUCUUCUUUCACUUGAACCAGAUAGUUCUUCUGAAUUCUAUAGUACUUUAUUGACUCCAAAAGAACUUAAGAAUAAAAUCCUUAAAUUAGCUACUAAGGAUAAACUUACUAAGAUUCCAUCUGAUACUAAGAAUCUUUUGAUAUAUAACAAUUAUGAUUGAUAAAGACUUUUUAUUAUUCUUUCCUUAUUCAAAGACACAAAAAUUACAUUUGCGACAAGUAAACUGGGAUUUUUCUCUUUAUAGAAACUAAUAAACAAACGGGAAUUUAUAGUGUAUAAUAUUUUUUCUUUUUGUUAAUAUAUAGUGAUUUAGGUGAUUUGAAUUAAAUUUUCAAUUGUGUAAUUUUUAUUUUCUUUUUUUUUCCAAUUAAUAAAUUAACAAGUUUGGUCCAUAUUAAAGCUAAGCCAUAAACUUUUUUUGGUAAAAAUUUAAAUUAAAUUAUCACGAUGAAACCCGUUUUUAUAAUUAUUUAUUACCAUAAUAAUAAGAUAAUAUAUUACUAUGAAAUUGCUAUAAUUGGCAUAAUGAUCAAAACGAAUGUAAUUCUAAUGUAAUGUUUAAAAUAGUAACUUUAAAUAAACUCUAUA